AUGGCUAACGUUGUUUUAACUAAUGAACAAUUCGCAGAACUUAUGUCUCGAAUAUCAGUGGCGGGUAACAGUACACAGGGUGUUGCUCCUGCUAGGAACUGUUCGUCGCGUUUCGACGGUUCGGACGUGAAUGCUUUCAUUGACGCUAUAAGCAUCUACAAGGACUGUGUUCAGGUAUCUGACGCGAAUGCUCUCAAAAGACUUCCGAUGUUAUUCGAUGAUUUCGCCGCGAAGUGGUAUCAAGGCGUAAAGUCAACGGUAAACACAUGGGAUGAAGCUCUAGCUCUCCUGAGAACCACAUUCGGACCACAAAAACCUCCUCAUAGAGUUUAUCGUGAACUAUUCGCACAGGAACAAGAUUCUGAAACUCCUACCGAUAUUUUUAUUUGUAAAAUGCGUUCGAUCUUAGCCCAAUUUCCGUCUGGCACUCUGAAUGAAACAGUUCAAUUGGACAUGGUGUAUGGACUACUCAAUCGUCGAAUCAGAGAAAAACUUCCACGUGAUCAAGUAAAAACUUUCAAUGAACUUCUACAAAAUUCUAGGCUGAUUGAAGAAACUUUCGAACGUAAGAUCGUGUCAAAAGAUUUUAAAGACACUCAAAAACGUGCUCGCUGUCAAUAUUGUAAGAAUAUGGGACAUACAAAAGACGAGUGCAGGAAACUCGAGAACAGGACGUCGUCAACUAACACGACAAAGCCUGCUGGCGGUCCUCCAUUAUCGUGCUAUGGAUGCGGUAAACCAGGUUACAUACGGUCCAAUUGUCCUACUUGUAGCAGCACGGAAAUGGCCUCAAUGGAAUUCUUCAGUAUGGAUACGCUUAUUGCUCCUCGUUCAAGACCAAUCAUUCAUGUCAAUAUUUUAGGACAUCAAGGUCAAGGUUUGAUAGACACAGCAGCAAAGCAAAGUAUUGCUGGUAAAACGCUAUAUGAUAUUCUGAAACGUGAAGGUCAAGAAUUUCCGAAAGAACAUAUUAUGGUAAAAUUUGCUGAUGGUCAAGGUAGAAUUGAAAAUGUUCUUGUCACAAAGGUCGAUGUCAAGGUUAAAGACAGAAGAGUACCUACUAAAUUCAUCAUUUUUCCAGACGCUCCUAAUAAAACACUUUUUGGAAUAGAUUUCAUACAUGAUGCUAAACUCAUCUUAGAUGUUCAUAAUAAAGAAUGGUACUUCUCUGAUGAAAAAUCAAUUCGCUACGAAUUAAUAUUCGAAAGUGCAACCAAAGUUUCCGAGAUCGCUUCAUGUUCAACUCCCAAAAGAGAAAAUUGUGAAAAAUUGAGAACGGAUGAAGGAACCAUGCUUACAAAUGACCAACGUUAUCGACUCAACGUAUUCUUGAAUAACCACGAGAAUAUAUUCAGUCUGGGGGGAGAACCGACUCCCUACGCAGAGCAUCACAUCAACACAGGUGAUCAUCCUCCAAUUGCAUUACCUCCAUAUCGAAUGUCACCAGCUAAGAAGUCAAUGCUGAAAGCUGAAUUGGAUCGACUAUUAGCUGAAGGGAUUAUAGAAGAGUGUGAAAGUCCGUGGGCUGCUCCAGUAGUGCUCGUUCCGAAGAAAGAGGUGGAAUUCGGUUGUGCGUGGACUAUCAGCGCUUGA